AUGGCUACGGAAGAAUCAAACAACAAAGAAUCACCUUUAACAGACAUAGCCACCUCUCCUCCACCAUUUGAUUUAACAUUGAAUAAUAAGGAGUCUGAGGACGACGAAACAUCCAAUUUUGUAUCGAAUAACGGUAAUUCUGGACAGGAAUCUCAGGAAAACAACAGCACUACCAAUCGAGAUAGCUACGAAAGCUCGGAGCUUAGUGAUUUGGGAGAAGACGAAUCAGAAGCAGAAACGGACAAAAUGGACUUUUUGGACGAUGAUCCUAACACUAGCGGGGAAAAAGUGCUGGAUUUGAAUGCCAUAUCGAAGUUGACUGAAUUGGCACAUUUAAAAGAGGUAGACUCCGACAACGAAGACGACGAAAAUGAACUCAAAACAGAGGAGAAGGAGGUGGAAGAGGAUGAUAAAGAGGCAUUGGAGAUGAAUAAUGAAGAUACUGGCAAAACAGACCCCAAAAUAGAGGAAAGCUCUUCAGAUGGUGAAAUGUCAAUAAACCCGAAGGAAAAUGCGGAGGCCAACAAAGAAAUCAUGGAAGAUUUGGAAAGAAUCAGCCAAAGCGUGGAGGAUGGCACCAGUCGAAGGGCAUCAAAGCGUUCAUUAAGUGACUCCGAGAAGACGAAUAAUAAGAAGCCAAAGAUAGAGAGUGAAGAAGAGACAAGUACCGGAAAGAGCGAUGAGAAAAUACCUGAUAAUGUGCAAGAUAAUGAAGGUGACAACUCAGAUGUCGAGGAGUCUCAAAAGGACGAUUUCAAUAAUGGUAAUAGUAAUAGCGGGGAAGACGAUGAUAACGAAGAUGCGAAUAAUGGAGAAAAGACAGAUGAUCAAGAAGCAGACGAAGAGGAUGCGGAUGAUAUAGGAGAUUCUGAAAGCAAUGAAAAUGUAGAUAUGAAUGAGAAGCGCAAACUUGCUAUUGAAGAGUUAAUAUCUAUCGAGUCGUCAUUUGCGGAAUUGAGAGAUAAAUUAUACCAGGAUAAAUUGAAUUUACUUGAGAAUGAGUUGCAACUCUGUCUAGAAGGAUCACAUCCAGAACUCUCCAGAAUCUAUUACAAAAUAAAUCAAUUUCACCAAGAUAGUUUGAAGCAGGCCAACUCAAACCUCAACUAUAAAUUGAAAUGCAUUGAUAUCAGCACAAUCGCAUCUCGAACCUCGAUUCAUCAGAACUUCCUCAAGAAACUUAUGGAUUGCAAAAACGAUAUGAUUACUGAUACGACGUCCUUGUGGUACAAAAUAAACAAGGAACGUAAUCAACUAGAUCAAAUUGUCCCUGACUAUAACUUCACUGCAAUCCCACUGAUACCGAACUAUACAGCUGUGGCACCUAUAGAGGAAACUGCCAUCGGUGUGGCCAAUAGUGUACCAAAUGGUCAUGAGAUUGCUCCUUUGAGCAAAAAAGCAAUCAAACAAAAUACGGUGUUCGAAUUAGUAGAACAAAGAAACAAUUUAAAUUGCCAAUUGGGUAUAUUGAACGGAUUAUUACAGUUCCAUGGUUUCCCUUCUGCUUUAUACUCGAAUACAGGCGACAAUGACGUCGGACCAAGCCAAGAAUUAUUGUUAAGAAAGGCAACCGAUGAAGAAAUUAAUGACGACCUAAGGGCUAUGGGAAUACCCAUGUAG